AUGGCUUCUGAGUUGCUGGAAGCUCGCGCGCAGGCGACUGCCCAACUCUAUGCAGACCCGCAUAACCCACAUCUUUAUCUCAAUCGCGCCCGUCUCUACGAAAAGCUCGGGUUCCCCGAUCUCGCCGCCGCCGAUGCCUACCGCGCCCUUUCUUUGCUCGAAUCCGUGGUAGAUCCAGAUGGAUUCGAGUUCCACGCCAAGAAAGUUGUCAAGACAGUUAUCGAUACCCCUGCUACCCAGAAAGACAAUGGCGAUGAGAAUGAGGACGAGAACGAGGACGAGGACGAAGAGAAAGAGGAAGACGAUGGGACGGUUCCCGUCACGCAAGACGAAUACGAUGCGCUCAUCGGCGAUGUCUACAUCGUCCUAGUCCGUAGUCUCAUCCGCUGUGGAUGCUACCGUGAUGCCUACGAGUUCGGUAUCCGUGGUUCAGGACUAUUGCGCGACCUGGAGAAGGAAAGCUCAUCGGCAACGACGGUCUUGAACGAACAGAUGGAUCAGAUCAAGACCAUCUACAAGUUCCACACGGAUGUACAGGGCGAUAUUGACUUAGAGUCGAUUGACUCUGCCGCUCUGCCGGCGCAGGGCAAAGCCCGCCGAGUCCUAUAUCCGUGGAACAAGCACGAGCCGGACCGUCGAGCGCCAGAGGAAUUGCGGUUCCUGAACGAGAGACUAGCAGAAAUUGCGCCUAAGUGCGAGGUACGUGCUGUGGCUCUCCCGGCGUUACACAACUCUGCUACCGGCGAGGAAGAGGUCUCUGUGCAGCUUGGCCUCUUCGCGAAGGAGGACAUUGCCGCAGAUGAAAUCAUCCUGCGUGAGUCUUCACUGCUCACAGCUACCAAUCGUCUUCACGAUGAUUUGUGCGAUGCUUGCAACUCACCUCUCCCUGAAUUGUCUGCCGCUGAACCCCCCGUUGGCUGUGAUGGCGGAUGUGCAGAUACAGUCUUCUGUAGCCAGGCGUGCCAUGACAAGGCGCAGACCACCUACCACGGUGCUAUUUGUGGCCUGGAAGACGGCCUCGAGUCUAUUGGAAAAGAUAUACCCGAUCCAAAGGAUAAGGCUGAUUAUCUGUACCUGCUCCUGCUCGGUCGUGCUUUGGCCAUGUCCGCCACACAGGACGUGGACGCGCUAGAACUUCCGGAAGUGAAGUAUAUUUGGGGUGAUUUCCAUGAUUUCGAUAUGGAAUCUACGAAUGCGCACGACGACGCUACUCUGCCGUUCUCUUUCCAACUCAACAUUCUUCAACCGACCCGUUUUCUCGAGGAAAUGGAAAUUGACCCUUACGCCUCGCUUCCCCGCUACGAUACCUGGGCUCUGAAUACCCUUUACGCCAAGUUCCGUGGCACUGCCUCUGGUCGUCUGUCUACAUGGGAUGGAGGUCCGGAACUCUGUGCAGUGCAUCCGCUCUGGUGCCUGGCGAACCACUCCUGUGAUCCCAAUGUGACAUGGGAGUGGGGUGGUGAGAUUACCUUCCGGUGUCGGAAUAACGAGGAGACGGCAGUUUGGUCGAGAACGAAGAGCGAUGGAGCUAUUGAGAUGAAGCCUCUUAAGGCUGGUGGCAUUGCCAAGGACCAGGAAAUUCUGAAUCACUACUGUGAUAUUGGACUGCCGGUCAAGAAGCGCAGGGAGUGGGCUUCUGGUGCCUUGGGUGGAACAUGCCGUUGUGACCGAUGUGCUUGGGAGGCUGGUGAGACGAACUAA